AUGGAGUUUACAGAAUGCACAGCAGCCUUGGACCAGGGAACACAAUCGACGAGGGUUUUUAUUUUUGACCGAGACUGCGCACCGAUCGCUUCGCAUCAAGCGGACCUGCCGCAAAUAUACCCGCAAGCAGGUUGGUGCGAGCAUGACCCUAUGGAAAUCUGGCGCACGGUUCUGGAGUGCCUCAGCCGCGCCUGGGAGCGCGAGACGACAGUGGUGUGGAGCCGAACCACGGGUCGGCCGCUGCACAAUGCCAUUGUGUGGCUGGACAACCGAACCAGUGAGCUGUGCGACAAACUCGCCGCCGUACAUGGCGGCCGCGACGCGUUCCGUGCGGUCACCGGACUGCCCAUCUCGCCGUACUUUUCGGCCACCAAGUACCUGUGGAUGUACGAAAAUGUGCCGGAGGUUCGUGCAGCGGUGGACAGUGGCGAUGCCGCAGUGGGCACCAUUGACAGCUGGUUGAUCUGGCAGCUGACUGGAGGGGCCGCGGGGGGGGUGCAUGUCACAGACGUCACCAACGCCUCCCGUACACUCCUCAUGGAUCUGGAUUCCUUGGAAUGGCAUGAAUCCACCCUGGAAGCCUUCCGCUGCCCCCGUGUCGUACUGCCGCGAAUCGCCUCAAACGCUGAGGUGUACGGCCUCAUCACACCCACACACGCCACGGCACCCCAGCUUUACGGAAGCGGGGGGGUUCCCAUUGCCGGGUGUCUGGGGGACCAGAUGGCGGCCAUGUUAGGUCAGCGCUGCCGGCCCGGGGAGGCCAAGAACACGUACGGCACCGGUUGCUUCAUGUUGCUGAACACGGGUCAACGCCGUAUAGCCUCCACUCACGGACUGCUCACCACCGUGGCUUUCAAACUGGGUCCGGACAAGCCGACGAACUAUGCGCUGGAGGGCUCCGUGGCUGUGGCCGGUCUGGGUAUCAGCUGGUUGCGGGACAACCUGGGCGUCAUUGGCAGUGCGGCGGAGUCCGAGGUGCUGGCAGCGUCAGUCCCGGAUACGGGUGGUGUGUAUUUCGUCCCCGCCUUCUCCGGGUUGCUGGCCCCCCACUGGCGAGCUGAUGCCCGGGGUGUGCUGCUGGGGAUGACCUCGUUCACCACCCGAGCACAUGUGGUUCGCGCCAUGCUGGAGGCCAUCUGUUUCCAAACCCGGGAGGUUUUGGACGCCAUGAGGCGCGAUGCCGAGCUGGACGAGCACCACGGUGGGUUGGCGGCGCUGCGGGUGGACGGAGGUGCGGCGGCUAACGACCUGCUGAUGCAGCUGCAGGCGGACCUGCUGCAGGUACCAGUGGUACGACCCGCCUUUAGAGAGACCACUAGUCUGGGAGCCGCCCUCGCUGCCGGACUGGCCGUCAACAUGUGGUCGAAGGAGGAGGCGACAGCGUUCCAGCCGGGUGUGACGCCGGCGGCAGCGGGACGUCGGUACGACAGGUGGCGGAAGGCGGUUGAGCGGGCGCUAGAUCUGGCGGAUCUGGCUCCGGAACUUGGCGAGGAUGAGCAGCCGCUGGUGAAGUAA